GUAUGUAGUCAUUGAUAAUUCUUUUGGUGGAGCAGAUACUGUGCAUGGAGGAAAAUGCUGAAUCAUUGAGGGAGAGAAGUUUAAGGUUUUACAAAGGAUGCCGAAAAUACACUGAAGGACUUGGGGAAGCAUAUGAUGGGGACAUUGCUUUUGCUAGUGCCCUAGAAACUUUUGGCGGGGGGCAUAAUGAUCCAAUUAGUGUGGCUUUUGGAGGCCCUGUUAUGACCAAAUUUACGAUAGCACUGAGAGAAAUUGGGACAUACAAGGAAGUUCUUCGAUCUCAGGUUGAGCUUAUGCUAAAUGACAGACUGUUACAAUUUGUGAAUAUUGAUCUGCAUGAGGUCAAGGAGGCCCGGAAACGUUUUGACAAGGCUAGCCUUAUUUAUGACCAGGCUCGCGAGAAAUUUCUCUCAUUGAGAAAAGGCACAAAGAACGAUGUAGCUUCCAUGCUAGAGGAGGAACUUCAUAAUGCAAGGUCUACGUUUGAGCAAGCUCGUUUUAGUCUGGUGACUGCUCUUUCUAAUGUUGAAGCAAAAAAGAGGUUUGAAUUUCUGGAAGCAGUCAGUGGAACAAUGGAUGCACAUCUUCGUUACUUCAAACAGGGUUAUGAGUUGUUGCAUCAAAUGGAGCCAUAUAUUAAUCAGGUCUUGACUUAUGCUCAACAAUCAAGAGAAAGAUCCAACUAUGAACAGGCAGCUCUUAACGAAAGGAUGCAAGAAUACAAAAGACAGGUUGAUCGGGAGAGUAGGUGGUCUUCCAAUGGUUCUAAUGGAUCUCCUAAUGGAGACGGGAUACAAGCCAUUGGUAGAAGUUCACAUAAAAUGAUAGAGGCCGUUAUGCAGUCUGCUGCAAAGGGAAAGGUUCAAACCAUUAGGCAAGGUUAUCUCUCAAAACGUUCCUCGAACUUGAGGGGUGACUGGAAAAGAAGGUUUUUUGUUCUUGAUAGCCGAGGAAUGCUUUAUUACUAUCGAAAACAAUGCAGUAAACCAUCU